UACGAGAGGAAUUGACUUCGUCAGUUAGUGGACACCUUUUACUAUUAUAAAUAGUAUACUUGUGAAGUUAAUGUGCGUGCACCGUAUCCCGUGCGUCGUGGGAAUUCCACUGAAUUCCACGUUGAUGCGUGGAAUGUGUAAAGAAAUUAAACUGAAAAGUUUGUAACGCACUAAUACAGAUACUGUGAGAAACACGAUAGCCGUAGAUAACGAUUGACGUUGGCAUUCAUUAUUUAGGGGGCCGAUCCCAGUGCGUUUCUCGGUAGAUUAACAGAAUCGCUAAGAUGGCUGAUAUUAAAGAAUCUCCACCACUUUUCGACACAAACGAGAAAAAAGUCGAUGAUUUGGAUGACGAUGAUGAUGAUAUUUUCGCGUCGGCCGUACAAGAUCAGAAUUUGCUGGAAGAUUCAUCUCCCUAUAAUGGAAUUUCAACAAUCCAAGCAGAAUUACCAAAGUUAACGUUACGAGAUGCACCUGAAGAAAAUUCAUUUUCAUCUGUAUCAAGUCCUGCACCAGGACCUUUAAGUCCACCAUUGGGACCGAUGAGUAGCGAUAUAGGUGACCUCCAAGAUGUUCCCAUAAAUGAUACUGCAGAUGUGUUGCCAACAAAUAUUAUACAGAAUCAAUCAUUGGAUGUGGUAUCACCUGAUUCAAAUGACGUAUUUCUAAAAAUUACGGUAACUUCUCCUCAAAAAAUUGGAGAUGGUAUGGGUGCUUAUGUUGCUUAUAAGGUUGAAACAAAAACAAAUAUGCCGAUAUUUAGAAAGAGAAAUUUCAGUGUUAUUAGACGCUUCAGUGACUUCCUUGGCCUUUAUGAUAAAUUAACAGAUAAAUACCUUAGAAAUGGUAGAAUAAUUCCUCCUGCUCCAGAAAAAAGUGUAAUUGGGACAACUAAGAUUAAAAUGUCAGGCGACAAGAGUCAAGAACAGAACUCUAGUUCUACAGAGUUUCUUGAAAGACGUAGAGCAGCACUUGAAAGAUAUUUAAACAGAACUGCAGCUCACCCAGUUCUCAGUGUUGAUCCUGACUUUAGAGAAUUUUUGGAAGCAGAUAUGGAGUUACCAAAAGCUACCAAUACAUCUGCACUUAGUGGUAAAGGAGUAAUGAGACUCUUUAAUAAAGUUGGAAAAACUGUUAACAAGAUAACAUACAAAAUGGAUGAAACUGAUAAAUGGUUUGAAGAGAAGACGUCACAAAUUGAUUCUCUUGAUGUUCAGUUACGUUCACUACAUUCUGCUGUUGACACUUUAACUAAUCAGAGAAGGGAAUUAGCAACGUGUACUGGUGCGACAGCGAGAUCUAUUGCAGUUCUUGGUCAUGGUGAACCAGGGGCAUCUUUAGGAAGGGCAUUAGCUCAGCUGGCUGAGACUUUAGAAAAAAUAGAAGUGGUUAGAAAAGCACAAAGCAAUAGUGAUCUCUAUCAAUUUGGAGAAAUGUUACGAGAUUAUGUUGCACUCAUUGGAGCAAUAAAGGAUGUAUUCCAUGAGCGAGUAAAAGUUUUCCAAAACUGGCAACAUGCUCAAAUUAUGUUAAAUAAAAAGCGAGAGCAAAAAGCAAGGCUGGAACAAUCUGGUAGAAGUGAUAAAACAAGUCAAGCUGCUACCGAAGUUAUUGAAUGGGAAGCAAAAGUUGAUAGAGGACAAGAAGAAUUUGAAAAUAUUUCGAAAAUGAUUAAGAAAGAAGUUGAACGAUUUGAAUUAGUAAGAGUGGAAGAUUUUAAGAAGCAAUUAACAGAAUAUCUAGAAUCCAUGUUGCAAUAUCAAAACCAAGUCAUCAAAUAUUGGGAGAGCUUCUUACCCGAAGCUCGAGCAGUUGCAUGA